UGUAUACGUUUUUGUGUAGAAAUGGAAGGAAAUGCUAUGAGGAUUUAUUGGUGCUUCUUUUCAUCCUUUUCUCUGGCAAAUUUCAACAUAUUGAAGGUCCAAGUCUCAUUCAGUGAAGUUCCCACAAUGAUACCAUCACUGAUAAGCAUGUUACUGGGAAAGAAGUGGGACUAGAGCUGUAUAAUCAACAGUUGACACUGCAGUUUGCAGUCACCUUAGUAUGGAUUAUUCAUCCCAUCAGACACACUUCAAUGUUGAUGAUUAUGCUUCUGAAUGUGAUAUUGAUUCAGAAGCACUAAAAGAGGCCAGCACUGUGGAUGCUCCAACCGAAGACAUGUUUCCCGAAGACUUUAAUGGGCAAUCGUCCAAUGUGAUGUGGAUGGGUAGCAUGUUUGAAUCUGAUCGCGAUGACAUGGAAACCAUGCCUGACCUUGACAUGCCUAAUUUGGACCUUGGUGUUUCAGCACCGUACAGCAGUCCUACUCAAGAUGCCAUCUUUGCUGAUGACAGUAGCAUGCUUCACUUCUACGAUUCUGAAGAUCGUGCCAUAGUGCCAGGCAUGUGUGGACUGCGCAACCUUGGGAACACUUGCUACAUGAACUCUGCUCUACAGUGCUUGCUGAACUGCAGUGCGUUGGUGAAGUACUUUCUUGAAGACUUUGAGAUGGACGCAAACACAAAGGAUUCCCUGACGGGCCACUUGGCGCGGCUCGUCGUCAGCGUGUGGAAGGGGGAUAAGUACACGAUCACGCCGACCGAAUUCAAGAAUUGCCUCGGAAACACGUUUCCUCAGUUCAGCGGCUGUCGACAGCACGACUCUCAGGAGUUUCUCGCUCUCAUGCUGGAUUCGCUGCACGAAGAUCUCAAUCUUGCGUCUGCGAAGAGCUUCAUGUCUAAUCACCCAUCGAGCCAGCCGGACACGCCGCCGGACGACGGCAAUGCGUGCUGCGACGCCGCCGCCGCAGUGCCGCAGGACGCAUGCACGUACAACAACUGUGCCGUCGAGCGUUCGCCGGCGACGUGCUCGGCACAGCGGCAGGACAUGGAGGAAGACAGCAACGAGUCGUCCGUCUCCGUGCAGAGCUCCGACGCUCAGCUGUCCCUCGGCGUCACGAUGAUCGACAUAAAAUCCAACCUGCUGUCCGCAGUCGCGCUCGACUCGACGGACCGCAGCGGCGGGAUCGAUCCUCCUGAUGCCACCGAGGAUAAACUCUCUGGAACCUUCCCGGGAGCAAUCCCCGCGGUGCCGGAAGUCGACAGAAACGAGCGCGCCGGCGUGGCGACGUUGACGGACGCGAAGAAGCUCUUCGAUGUGCCGCCCCCGCCACCGGGCGGUCGCGAGAAGAACGAGCUCGCGGCGAACAACGCCGAGGGGAUCCUGCCGGCGGGCAUCGAGGAGUUCUACCGGAAGGACGUGAAGGUCGCGAACACGAACGUGCUCGUCACCGAGGACGCGCGCGGCGUCACGCACAGCGACAAGUUUGCGCGCUCGCCCGGCCGCCCCGCGCCGACGCCGCCGCUCACCUUCGACAACCUGCACGGCGGCACGUACCCGUGCACGAUCUGCAAGAUGAUGCCCUGCCCGCGGGUGAAGGACGUCAACCUGCACGCGCGGCGGUCCGACGUGGUGGCCGACCCGCGCGGCAAGCCGGCGACAAUGAUGACGACGACGGCGGCUGAACUCGGCAACGCAUUCACCGCGAACAACUGCAAGCGCAACCGUUGCUUCGACGAUGACGACGACGGCGACAGCAACGGCGAAGAGAGGGUGCCGGCAGCGCUGCAGAAGCGCUUCAAGAACGCCGUGCGCGCGCCGCCGCAGUCGUCGCCGGACCGCGUCGCCGUGGCGACGUCGGACGUCUCGUGCGAGAACAGCGAGGACGUGGGAUGCAGCAGCGGCGGCGGCGGGACCACGCAGCCGUCCACGACCGACCUCGACGCGGAGGAGGCCGACGCGGCGUGGUGGAAGCACCACUCGAAGCACAAGUCCGUCGUCGUCGACACGUUUCAGGGACAGUUCAAAAGCAUGGUGCGUCGUCGCUCGCAAAGUGAAGAGUCUGCUUGA